GGGAACCGCCCUGGGCGAGCCCGGGAUCUAGGGCGCCUCCCAACUGUGCAGAGAGGAGCCAUGGCUGAGCCCCCCAUAGAAGAUGAGGGCGAGGAAGCGGCACAGGGCCAAACGAAGCAGGAAGCGGCUCAUCAGGCUACUGUGGCUGCCAAGAACUUGGCUAUCUUGAAGGCCCGCUCCUUUGAUGUCACCUUUGAGGUGGGCGACGAAUACGAGGUCAUCGAGACGAUUGGCACGGGAGCCUAUGGUGUUGUGAGCUCAGCACGUCGCAAGGAUACAGGCCAGCAGGUGGCGAUCAAGAAAAUCCCCAAUGCCUUUGAUGUGGUGAUGAAUGCUAAGCGCACUUUGCGUGAGCUAAAGAUCCUCAAACAUUUCAAGCAUGACAAUAUCAUUGCCAUUAAGGACAUCUUGAAACCCACCGUGCCUUAUGCUGAGUUCAGAUCUGUGUAUGUUGUGCUGGACUUGAUGGAGAGCGACCUGCACCAGAUCAUCCACUCUUCUCAGCCUCUCACCCUGGAGCAUGUGCGCUACUUCCUCUACCAGCUUCUCCGAGGCCUCAAGUACAUCCACUCGGCCAACGUCAUUCACCGGGACCUCAAGCCAAGCAACCUGCUGAUCAAUGAGAACUGCGAGCUCAAGAUUGGGGACUUCGGAAUGGCCCGGGGCCUUUGCACCAAGCCCGACGAGUACAAGUACUUCAUGACGGAGUAUGUGGCCACUCGCUGGUACCGUGCUCCUGAACUGAUGCUCUCCUUGCAUGAAUACACACAGGCCAUCGACAUGUGGUCAGUGGGUUGCAUUUUUGCUGAGAUGCUCGGGCGGAAGCAGCUCUUCCCUGGGAAGAAUUACAUUCAUCAGCUGCAGCUUAUUAUCACGGUCUUAGGGACCCCUCCGGCCAAGGUGGUCCAUUCCAUUGGGGCUGACAGGGUGCGCGCAUAUGUCCAGAGCCUGCCGUCACGUCAGCCGGUGCCCUGGGAGAGCCUCUACCAGAAUGCCGACCGGAAGGCCUUGUCCUUGCUGUCGAAGAUGUUGCGCUUUGACCCCCGUGAGCGCAUCUCGGUGGUGGAGGCGUUGAACUACCCCUUCCUGGCCAAGUAUCAUGACCCCGAUGAUGAGCCGGACUGCGUACCGGCCUUCGACUUUGAUUUUGACAAGCAAGUGCUCACCAAGGAGCAGAUCAAGGAAGCCAUUGUGGCCGAAAUCAACGAUUUCCACGACCGCCGGGAAGGUAUUCGGCGCCAGAUCAGCUUCAAGCCAGCGCUGCGGCCAGCUGUCGUCGGUGGCUGCGUGACGGCCUCCUAUGAGGGCCUACUUCACUGCUGCCAUGAUGUUGACAUGCCCAGUGCUGGGUCACCUCGGGCCAGAGAUGGUGAUUAUGCUAUGGCAUCUCCCGCCCCCUACCCACUACCAGAGACCAUUGACCUGACCUCUCCUCUUGUGACCACUACCGUAUCCCAGCCUGAGGUGAAGGCUGAAGUGGAGCCUCCCACUGCCCCGCCCAAACGUGAGGGAGCCAUCUCGGAUGAUACUAAGGCGGCCCUUAAGGCUGUCAUCUUAAAAUCGGCCCUUCGAAAUAAGAACAAAGAUACCCCAUCCUCUGUCCCAGAAACCCCUGAUAUCCGUAGGCCAGUGACGGCAAAGGAGCGUCAGCGUGAGCGAGAAGAGAAACGCAAGCGCCGUCAGGAGCGGGCCAAGGAGCGCGAGAAGCAGAAGAAGGAAAAAGAGAAGGAGCGCAAGGACAUGCUGACGGAGAAUGACCGGAACCUUCUGGAGAGAUGGACCAAGAUGGUUGACCGGACCCAGAACAAGCCGACCCAGAAUGGAACUGCAGUCCUACCCCAGGCAACUGCUGCCGGUCAUACCCUCUCUCAGGCCCCCUCUGCCAAUUCCUUGCCACCUCAGGUGCCCCCUGCCAGCCAUAUCCCGCCCACCUCUUCUAGCAACGCUUCUGCACCGGCCGAUUUCCUCGCCUUCUCGGACAAUGUGGUGCCUGCCUUGAGACCCAAGCUCACUCUGGUUCCUGUGGGGACAGAACUAGCCCCAGUUCCAGGGUCCAAUUCCAACAUGGUCCACUUUUUCCCGGCACAGACUGCCCCAUUCCUGGUCACCGCCCCGACCUGCCAAAAAGCUGCUCCACCCAAACCAGAGUGCCUACUAAGUGUCAAGUAUGGGUCAGGCCAGAUAUUUCAAGCCCCAUAUGGGGUGGCAACCCUGAAUGCCUGGAGUGGCGUCCCCCAGCCUGAGAACUGGGCUGUGGCUGGACAGCUGCCAGUGAAUCGGCCAGAGAUGGUGCCCCCUAGUGACACGUUGCCGGAACAGACUGUGAGUUACGGAGCUAGAGCUGGUGCGGAGGAGUCCAUGUUUCUGACAGAGGUGGGGAAGGCUGAGGUGCCGUCACAAGGUUUGGUUGGAGAGGAAACCCGAGGGCCCAGCCAGCACCCAAUGGCUUUGGGGCUUUCCCCAGAAACCACUGUGCCUUCCGAGCCUCCAGAUAUCAAUAUGGUGACUCAGCAGCUGUCGAAAUCCCAGGUGGAAGACCUCUUGCCUCCUGUCUUCUCUGGCACCCCUAAAGGCAGCGGAGCCGGCUAUGGAGUUGGGUUUGACCUGGAAGAGUUUUUGAAUCAGUCGUUCGACAUGGUCGGGGAAAACAGGGAGAGUCAAGGCGACUCUGCCCCGCUCUCGGCCUCUCUCCUUGCUGAUUGGCUGGAAGUUCACCGCAUGAACCCGGCCGACAUGGAGUCCCUCCAACAGGAACUGCAGCUGGGCUCUCCCAUGAUCCUCUCUGACAUUCCAGACCUGCAGGACGCAUGAAAAGCUGUGAUCUCAUUGUCCGCCCUUUUCCCGCUCUAAUUUUAUUGGCUGCAAAAAAGGCCCCACCCACCUGUGUUCUUAUCAGAGGUCUGUCAGUGGGCCUUUGCUGUUUACUCUGGCUGGGAUCCUCACCACAGUGCCUGUUUUCUUACUGUUAAAAGGAGAACCCAGGUCGGGCCCGGUUGGUGGCCUUGCUAAAAGACGGUGAUCCUGGGCUGGUGUGUUGUGGAAUCCAAGCUGUUCACUAGUGACCUCCGUCAUGACACUAAUGCUGCCUUCCCUCUUGCCCUGGGGACUGGUGUCCCGUCCACUCCUUCCUGACCCUUCACUGUGUUUCCUUGGCACGUGGCCUGAAGCAUGGAUAUUUACUUGGACGUGGAAAUAGCACCCGUUGCCUUGAUUCCGAACCUCCCUUUGCCUGAGCACGUUAGGGAAUGGAUCGCUUAAGAGCAUGGGGUGCCCCAUAGAACUGCCAUGGCAGGGAUUCCCCCAUGGAUAGUUGAUAUGUGAGAAGCAGUAUUUAAUAUUGGGGUCAGGGCAGCUGUCUGCAUAGCUUGGUUCUGUGGGUUCUGAGGGGCUGCACUUCUCCAGGCUUCAGGUAGAUCCCAUUCCUGCCCCCUGAAAUCCUUUAAAUCAUCAUAAUAGUAAAAGCCCCCUCCCUCCCCUGCAAUGUCAAAGCUUGAAUCUGGGACCUUCUGCAUGCCAAGUUAGGCUCUCUCCUUGCAAGCGGAGGCCACCCCCUCCAGUGGCUGCUACUGCAACUACUGUGGGUGUCCAAACAAGCAUCUUGGAGAACUUUGAGGUGUGGAUUCUGAUUUGGCUCCAAGUCUGAAGGACUUGCUUGGCUUCAUGGCUGUCAUGUGUGGGUUCCAACUAGGGUUCCCAACCUCCAGGUGGGGCCCGGAGACCUCCUGGAAUUGCAACUGGCCUCCAGAUGACAAUGAUCUGUCCCCCUGGAGAAAAUGGCUACUUUGGAGGGUGGACUGUAUAUGGCAUUGUUCCCUGCUGAGGCUCCUCCCCUCUCCAAAUCCUGUCCUCCUCAACCUCCACUCUCAAAUCUCCAGGAAUUUCUCAGCCCGUAGCCGGCAACCCUAGUAGCAGCCAGCAACAGUUGGGCGAGCCACUGGGGUAGACCUUGCCCACCCAAGAACCAGCAUCUGCUUCAAAUGAGAACUUGGCACCAAACACAGAAGUGCGGCUUUGCCUUCGUUUUGGUAUAACUUCUCAUGCUAAAGGAUCUAGAAUUGUGGGAGGUUUUUGCACUGCUGAAAAAUAUUAAGUGGCGAUUCUCUUCAUAAAGAUGAAGGUGCUUCAGACUUCCGGGAGUAUCUUUUGUGGGGUUUGUUUCUUUGCAAGAUUUGGAAGAUAUCCCCUUGUUAAUCUUGAGAUGAUACCACUAAGACAGGUGAAAACGAUCCAGGGUCUUUGGCCAUUGUGUGUGUGUGUAUGGGAAGCAUGGAUUUUGUGUCCUGUAGGUGUUUACUUCCCCCAGCCCCCAACUCACGAUGGCCUAAUAGUAAAAACCAGAGAAAACAUUCAGGGCCUGUUGACUUGAACAAAUGCCAAGUGAUUUGUUUGGGGGAAAGUGUUUAGAUCUUUCUGUUGCUUCAAAUAUAUAUUUUUUGCGACAAUGCUUUGAGCCCUGGUUUGUCAAUUGGUGCAUUCCCUGUAUUUUGCACAUAUCUAGGGGCCAGGGUGGUAAUGUUAGGGGAAGCCUGUGGUGCUAGGAUAGACCCCAAACCCACCUCUGAAGAGCCAGAGGUCAGAUUUGAAAACUGGAUUACUGCUUUUUUGGAUUUAUAUGUACAUUUUUCCCCCCAGCUUUGGGUGCUGCUGAUUUGUAGGGGUUGGACUGUGUGGUGGAUUUCCCCAAAGUGAUGCUGUGUUAUGAUGGUUUUGCCAUUAAAUUUUCUAUUAAAGUGGUGAUUUAUUAAAA